UUUGACAUCUCUGAAGAUUUCAUUUCUACAUCCAACACGUUGCGAUUCUUCCAAAUGGUGGUCUCCAUGAUGCAGUCCAUAUGUGCAGUCUUCAGCAUCACUGUAAUGGUGAUGUCAGGCUACACUCAAAGUGCAAGUUUGGUGACGUUAAAAACUGCGAAUGCUGAUGUGCCUUAUGACACUUAUGACUUCACCACAGACAUCACCAAUCGCAUCUACAACGAUUCCCUCCUUAACCCUAACUCUCAGGAUUAUACCAUGAUGUACAAUGAAGUUAGCAAUGCGCUCAACAGUGUCUACGGCUGCCCCACCUGUGACACACAAACAUUUUAUAAAGGUGUAACAGCUAUGACCUUCAGUAACAAGACUGGAUCUGUGGAUGUUCAGGCCACCCUCGUGUUCUACUCAGACCAAAUAUCUUCCGUUGUGAUUAAAAACCUAUUUCUGAAGGCCAUCAGUGGCAGAAAUGAAAUAAUUGACCUGAAAAUCAACUCUAAAUUCACACAGGUCAUACCGAGAUCAGAUCCUGCACUGAUGACCACUUCCCAUCCAACCACUACUCCUACUACUAGCGCUACUCCAAAUAUUACAUAUUCAACUGCUCCUGCAAAUAUUACAAUCACUACUACUCCAACUACCGCUACAACUAAUCAAACAGCUAUUCCUUCAAUCACUCCUACCAUUACUCCUGCAAAUAUAACUGCAAACAUUACAACCACUACUAGUCCAACUACCCCUACAACUAAUCAAACAGCUAUUCCUCCAAUCCCUCCUACAAUUACUCCUGCAAAUACAACUGAAAAUAUUACAACCACUACUAGUCCAACUAACCCUACAACUAAUCAAACAGCUAUUCCUCCAAUCUCUCCUACCAUUACUCCUGCAAAUACAACUAAAAAUAUUACAACCACUACUAGUCCAACUACCCCUACAACUAAUCAAACAGCUAUUCCUCCAAUCCCUCCUACAAUUACUCCUGCAAAUACAACUGAAAAUAUUACAACCACAACUACUCCAACUACCCCUACAACUAAUCAAACAGCUAUUCCUCCAAUCCCUCCUACCAUUAAUCCUGCAAAUACAACUGAAAAUAUUACAACCACAACUACUCCAACUACCCCUACAACUAAUCAAACAGCUAUUCCUCCAAUCCCUCCUACAAUUACUCCUGCAAAUACAACUGAAAAUAUUACAACCACUACUAGUCCAACUACCCCUACAACUAAUCAAACAGCUAUUCCUCCAAUCCCUCCUACCAUUACUCCUGCAAAUACAACUGAAAAUAUUACAACCACAACUACUCCAACUACCCCUACAACUAAUCAAACAGCUAUUCCUCCAAUCCCUCCUACAAUUACUCCUGCAAAUACAACUGAAAAUAUUACAACCACUACUAGUCCAACUACCCCUACAACUAAUCAAACAGCUAUUCCUCCAAUCCCUCCUACAAUUACUCCUGCAAAUACAACUGAAAAUAUUACAACCACUACUAGUCCAACUACCCCUACAACUAAUCAAACAGCUAUUCCUCCAAUCCCUCCUACAAUUACUCCUGCAAAUACAACUGAAAAUAUUACAACCACUUCUAGUCCAACUACCCCUACAACUAAUCAAACAGCUAUUCCUCCAAUCCCUCCUACCAUUACUCCUGCAAAUACAACUGAAAAUAUUACAACCACAACUACUCCAACUACCCCUACAACUAAUCAAACAGCUAUUCCUCCAAUCCCUCCUACAAUUACUCCUGCAAAUAUAACUGAAAAUAUUACAACCACUACUAGUCCAACUACCCCUACAACUAAUCAAACAGCUAAUCCUCCAAUCCCUCCUACAAUUACUCCUGCAAAUACAUCUGAAAAUAUUACAACCACUACUAGUCCAACUACCCCUACAACUAAUCAAACAGCUAUUCCUCCAAUCCCUCCUACCAUUACUCCUGCAAAUACAACUGAAAAUAUUACAACCACUACUAGUCCAACUACCCCUACAACUAAUCAAACAGCUAUUCCUUCAAUCCCUCCUACAAUUACUCCUGCAAAUACAACUGAAAAUAUUACAACCACCAUAACUAAUACUAUUUCUACAUCUAUUCCAACCACUACUAUUCCAAUUGCUCCUACAACUACUCCUACAACUAUUCCAACUACUAUUUCCUUUACUACAAUUGACGAACCACUACCAGUUUAUGAUCCACUACCACUUGAUGAACCACUACCCCUACCACUUUAUGAUCCACUACCACUCGAUGAACCACUACCCCUACCACUUUAUGAUCCACUACCACUCGAUGAACCACUACCCCUACCACUUUAUGAUCCACUACCACUUGAUGAACCACUACCCCUACCACUUUAUGAUCCACUACCACUCGAUGAACCACUACCCCUACCACUUUAUGAUCCACUACCACUCGAAGAACCACUACCCCUACCACUUUAUGAACCACUACCACUUGAUGAACCACUCCCCCUACCACUUGCUGAGCCUACUCUCCUACCACUCAGUGAACCAUUUCCUCUAUCACUUGCUGACCCCUCACCAAUACCAUUCAGUGAACCAUUACCCCUACCAUCUGAUGAACCAUUACCCCUCUCCAGCAAUUUUGAUUCCUUUCCUAUUCCAGCCACUCUAUUCACUGUUCCUACAACUACCCCUACAAGCAUCCCAUCUACUCCUCCUCCAAAUACUUCUUCCAUUGCUUCAAUAAUUGGUUUUACAUCAAAUCCAUCCACUACUUCUACAGUGUUUUUAACCUCUGAUCCUCCAAUUACCUCUACCACUUCUCCUCCUACUUUCACUGUCUGUGACACUAUUUCAACCACUAAAAUUACAUCUACUACAAAUUAUGCAACUCUUCAAACAUCUACUACUCCAUGUACUACCUUCACUACUCCUAUAACUACUUCUAUAACUAUUGAACCCACCACUACUUCAUUUGAUUCUAACACUAGUCCUUUAACAACUACUGAAACCAUUACUACUACAGUUACUCCCUUCACUACUCCCGAAACCACUGUUACAACUAUUAUUUCUACAAUUUCUUCUUCACCAAUUCAUGACCCAGUACCAGAGCCUGAACCCCUACCAAACCCUGAACCAGUACCAGACCCUGAUCCCCUACCAGCCCUGAACCUGUACCACUACUUCUACCACAAACCCAACAGCAGUGAUACUGACACAGCAGUGGAAUCUUACUAGGUGGCCUUUUAGACACACGUAACCUGUUGGUUCAUCUUGUAAUCUUAAACUCCAUCAAAACGAACUAAACAUUCAGUUCUCCAAGCAGAAACAAUGUCUAUUUUUACCACAACAAAUUGUCCAUGGCAAAAAUCUAAGACAAAACACCUAACAAACAACCAUAUGCACAGGGUAAUAAUAAAUACUAUACAUAAUCCAAAAAAAAAAAAGGAAUUCUAACUUUAGGCCUUUUCAGAUUCAUACCAGAAUCAGGUCCUGUAAUCCAUUAACGUGUAAAUGAUUUCAUUUAUUAAUUCAGAUGAUUAAUUAUGGUGUCUUAGCAAAACAACUCCAAUCCCUAUUCCUACCACCACACUGCCUCCCAAACAUACUUCUACUGCUACUCCUUCUACUUCACCAACCACUACAUCAAAACUAAGGUUAAAAAUAAAAUAAAAAAGUAUUGUUACUUCCACAACUGCUUUUACAACCAAUACAUACAUACAUACAUACAUACAUACAUACAGCUCCAUAAAAAAAUAGCAAUUUCCUCCAAAAAACGUCUGAAAUGACAUCCACCUCUUGAUGCUAUUGGUUUGCCAGUGUUUCGUGUAGUGAUAGGAGGCAAAGAACCUAAACAACAAUUGUUAGAUCAAAAUAAUAUGAAAUAAUGCACAGAAAAUAAACAACUUUGACUAUAUUAUCUAAAAAUGUAUGAUAAGCCUUCAUAAUGACAGAACAAAACAGAGGUUAUACAUAGAAACCAUAAACUAAUGAAAGACUGAACACAAUACAGGUGCACACAUUGCACAACAGGAAUAAACCCAAAACAAAACCACAAUGUGAUUUUAAAAUCUGCACUAUUUCCUGUCUCUCAUUAAUAGCACGCUCAAAGACCUCUCAUGACUACCUCUAUCUCUAAAUGCAAUAGAUUUACAAGGUCUGGUUUAAUUUCCUCUCAGUAGUUUUGGGUAAACCAUCAGGUUUUUACGAGUGAAUAGAUGCAUUUGUAUGAGUGUUGCACAUCAAUGACAGACCAUACUGUUUUAUUAUAAAGUGUUCCAUAAACUGAUAAAACAGUUUAAUGGCUAAUUGCAUUGUUGCAUUUUGCAUGAGUUGCUCUUUAUUAGAUUUUUAACAUUAAUACUUGCUUUUAUUUUUUAUAUGAUAUGAGAACCUAUGUUCUAAAGCUUACAUCACAAUUGUAUAACGUGCAUCCCCUGUUCAGCAUCCCUUUACAAAGUUUCUUUACUUGUUUCUGUUUUCUUAUUAUUCCUUACUAUUUAAUUGUCUAUAUUGUCUCAAUGCCUGUUGUAAAAA